GUGAACCGGAGAAAAUGUCUACGGCUGGAUUUAAGCUUUAGUUAUGACUCGUUCCUCAGUCGUAUUCUCUGUGAAUGUGUGUGCUGUACAGGAAUUGUGACGGACAGCGCUCGCUACCCAACAGAUUAGCCCGUCUAAAACUGAGGCUGAGUCUUUAUUACUGGACAGCUUAGCAGCUAAGCGCUAGCCCGCUAACGUUAGUCGGUGCAGAUGAAUGAGCCCUUUACGUUACCGUGCCCCGCCACGACUCUGCUCGGAUGGGCGUGAGUCCUCGAUGUUAGGAAGCUAGCUGCUGGCCUAAGCGGGAGAGGCUACAACAACCCGAGAGGCUAACUGGUGCUGGGCUGUUUGCUGGAGUUGUCCAUCCAACACUAUGGGAAAGAAGAGUCGAGUGAAGACUCAGAAGUCAGGCUCAGGAGCCAGCGCUGUGGUUUCCCCGAAAGAGAUGAUGAACCUCAUCUCUGAACUGCUGCAGAAAUGCAGCAGUGCAGCACCCUCUGCUGGUAAAGAGUGGGAGGAGUACAUCCAGAUCAGAGGCUUGGUGGAGAAGAUCCGUAAGAAACAGAAAGGUAUGUCAGUAGUGUUUGAGGGCAGCAGGGAGGACUACUUCCCAGACCUGAUGUCCUGGGCUCAGGAAAAUGGGGCUUCCUGUGACAGCUUUAUUGUGACCAACUUCGGUGCAGAGGGCUACGGCCUGCGGGCCACCAGAGACAUCAAGGCAGAGGAACUAUUCCUGUGGAUUCCCAGGAAGAUGCUGAUGACAGUGGAGUCGGCCCAGAACUCUGAGCUGGGUCCUCUGUACAGCCAGGACCGGAUCCUACAGGCUAUGGGCAAUGUGACGCUGGCCCUCCACCUGCUGUGUGAGCGGGCCAACCCAGCUUCAUCCUGGCUGCCAUACAUUCGCAGUCUUCCUCAGGAGUAUGACACACCGUUAUACUACCAACAGGAUGAAGUGCAGCUGCUGCUGGGCACACAGGCAGUGCAGGAUGUUCUGAGCCAGUAUAAAAACACUGCACGUCAGUAUGCCUACUUCUACAAACUGGUUCAGACUCAUCCUGCUGCCAGCAAACUGGCCCUGAAGGACAGCUUCACAUUUGAUGACUACAGGUGGGCAGUGUCCUCUGUAAUGACCCGUCAGAACCAGAUCCCUACUGAGGACGGCAGCCGGGUCACUCUGGCCCUCAUCCCCGUCUGGGACAUGUGUAAUCACACUAAUGGACUGAUCACCACUGGCUACAACCUGGAGGAUGAUCGAUGUGAGUGUGUGGCAUUGCAGGACUACAAGGAGAACGAACAGAUUUACAUCUUCUACGGCACAAGAUCCAAUGCUGAGUUUGUCAUCCACAACGGUUUCUUCUUCCAUGACAACGUCCACGACCGAGUGAAGAUCAAGCUGGGUGUCAGUAAGAGCGAACGCCUCUAUGCCAUGAAGGCCGAAGUGUUGGCACGAGCCGGCAUCCCAGCGUCCUGUGUCUUUGCUCUGCACUGUAAUGAACCCCCCAUUUCAGCCCAACUCCUAGCCUUCCUCAGAGUCUUCUGCAUGACGGAGGAGGAAUUGAAGGACUACCUGCUUGGAGAACGUGCCAUUAAUAAGAUCUUCACCCUGGGCAACAGCGAGUUCCCUGUCAGCUGGGACAACGAGAUCAAGUUGUGGACUUUCCUGGAGACCCGAGCAGCUCUGCUGCUCAAGACCUACAGGACUACCUCAGAGGAGGACUGCUGCAUGCUGGAGAAACCCGAUCUAUCUCUGCACUCUCGCGUGGCCAUCCAGCUCCGCCUGGCCGAGAAGCAGAUCCUGGAGAAAGUGUCAGCUAGCGGUCGGGCCAAACGUCUGCAAUUCCAGAAGAAGCUGGAGGAGGAUGCACCAUUGCCUCACUACGAGGAAAGCGAUAUUGCUUUGCUGGAGAAUAGCGACACAGAUGCAAAGCUUCCUAUUAUCCUGCGCAAGCUGGAGGAGGUAGAGGAAGGCCAGGAGAUCCAGGUAGAGGAGCACAGUCACUUCCUGAAUGGGAGAAGGUGUGUAUGAGAUGGAGGCUAAUGGAGAGCCGGUGCAGGAGGAGAC